AGACUGAGGAGGUUGUCAACAAAGUAUAGAACAGAAAAGAUCUACCCGACCAUCACUGGGGAAAAAGAAGAAAAUGUGAAAAAGAACAGAUAUAAGGAUAUACUGCCAUUUGAUCACAGUAGAGUUAAACUGACGUUAAAAACUCCCACCCAAGAUUCUGACUACAUCAAUGCAAAUUUCAUUAAGGGAGUAUAUGGACCAAAAGCGUAUGUGGCUACCCAGGGACCCCUUGCAAAUACAGUAAUUGAUUUCUGGAGGAUGAUAUGGGAGUACAAUGUGGCGAUUAUCGUAAUGGCCUGUCGGGAAUUUGAAAUGGGAAGGAAAAAAUGCGAACGCUAUUGGCCACUGUAUGGAGAAGAAAGCAUCUCAUUUGGACCAUUCCACAUUUCUUGCGAAGCUGAACAGGUCAGGACUGAUUACUACAUUAGAACCCUGCUGAUCGAAUAUCAGAAU